GAAGGACAGACCCUGACAGAAGGACGGGAGCUGUGUGUUUGCUGGACUGUUGUGAGCUAGCUGUGGAAAGAUGCUGUCCAAUAUCUCCAAUGUGCUGAGAGCUGGCGUUCAGAGAAAUGGUGCCGCAGUGGUCAUUUCAGCACGCACGUAUGCUGACUUCACAGCCCAGGCUACAUUUGAAAUAAAGAAAUGUGACAUCCACAAGUUCGAUGAGGCCCCGGCCACUGAGGUGGUUAUGACCCGUGAGGAGGGUCUGCAGUAUUACCGCACCAUGCAGACUAUGAGGCGUAUGGAACUGAAGGCUGAUCAGCUGUAUAAGCAGAAAAUCAUCAGAGGAUUCUGCCACUUAUAUGACGGCCAGGAAGCCUGUGCGGUGGGUAUUGAAGCAGCCAUUAAUUUGUCCGACCACCUGAUCACCGCGUACCGUGCCCACGGCUACACCUACACCAGAGGAGGGACCGUGAAGGAGAUCAUGGCUGAGCUCACCGGCAGAAGAGGAGGUAUUGCAAAGGGUAAAGGAGGCUCUAUGCACAUGUACUGUAAAAACUUCUAUGGAGGAAACGGAAUUGUCGGAGCUCAGGUUCCCCUGGGUGCUGGUGUGGCUCUGGCCUGUCAGUAUAUGGGCAACAAUGAGGUGUCUGUCUCUCUCUAUGGUGACGGUGCUGCCAACCAGGGUCAGAUUUUUGAAACCUACAACAUGGCUGCACUUUGGAAGCUGCCUGCCAUCUUCAUCUGUGAGAACAACAGGUACGGCAUGGGCACAUCAGUGGAGCGAUCUGCAGCCAGCACAGACUACUACAAGAGAGGAGACUACAUUCCUGGUCUCAGGGUUGAUGGGAUGGAUGUUCUGUGUGUUCGGGAAGCCACCAGGUUUGCAGCUGAUUACUGCCGAUCUGGAAAGGGUCCCGUUCUCAUGGAACUUCAGACCUACCGCUAUCAUGGACACAGUAUGAGCGACCCUGGCGUCAGCUACCGCACACGUGAGGAGAUCCAGGAGGUCCGCGGUAAGAGUGACCCCAUCUCCUUGCUGAAAGACCGCAUGCUCAGCAACAACAUGGCCAGCGUGGAGGAGCUCAAGGAGAUCGACGUGGAGGUGAGGAAGGAGAUUGAGGAUGCAGCUCUGUUUGCCACCACAGAUCCCGAGCCCCCGCUGGAAGACCUCUGCAACCACAUCUUUCACAACGACCAACCCCUGGAGGUGCGCGGCACGAACCCGUGGACUAAGCUGAAGUCUGUUAGCUAAAUUAUUUUUCAUUAACCAAUCUCACCCUCUUCAAAUGAAAUGUCCAGACCCGGCCAUCAUAUAUAGAUACGCACACAUCAAAAAAUGCACCACAAACGAAUGCCUCAGACCCCGAGCUUGAAUCAUCAACUAAACAAAUAAGGUGCUGUACAUUUCAACAGCAGGGACCACAUUCACAAACACGUUCUGAGAAUAAAACAAACAAUAUGACACUAAUAUAUUAAAACUAUUUAUACUUAAAAUUGGCCUUAUAAUUGUUUCCCAUUAGCCCUUUCUAGGGUUUCUAAGUCAACCUUCAGAAGAGCCAUUUACUGCCACUUUGUAAAAACUGCUUCCACAGUCCUGCAACAUCAUUUCUGCACUAAAUAUCACAGGAACAGUCUUUAAUGAGGGAAAUGUAAAUCAUGGCUCUAGUUUUAAAAAAUCAAUACACGUAUCUGUCAUAGAUCUGCAUUAAUGUUAUUUAAUCCAUUUUCAUAUUGAUAUUAAAGUCUGCAGAGAAUAUCAAACGAUUGGUAAACAUAUUCCUAACGUCAUAUUAUCUUAACAUGAAGCACUUGUCUUGUUUUAUCUUCAGACUGUUUUGUGAAUUUGGCCCCAGCUCAAUACGUUACAUCAUUUCUUCAUUUCUUGUUUGAUGAUUUUCUCCGGUCACUAAUGAGGCAUGAUCGAGAUGAAAAUGUGGCCACGUCCAUCUGUCACUGUCCUCCAUUAAAAAAAAUAAAAUAAAAGUCUUUGUACUCUUUAUGCUGAAGUGUACAUGAUGAACUAUUAAUUUUGAGUGACCUGGUUUCUGUCUUGAUUUUAUUAACCCCCUGUUACAAAGACGACAUAAAAGGCAGCAGGGUAAACACUCAUAUCUUUUUCUUUCAGUAUGUUUGUAUGUAAGGGAUGUUAAUGAACACCAAGGGAAACGUUUAAAAUGUUUAAUUUAUCUCGCCAAACCAAACAUGUGCCUGGCAGAUCUCAUGAUGUUUUAGAUUUAGAGGAUGAAUGUGAAGUUUUAUGUUUGUGUCACACUCCAAGCUGAGCAGGUGAUUCUGUGCAUCUAAAAGUCAGCUGUUUUUUUUUUGUUUUUGUUUUUAGAGAUGUGUUCAGACUGAGUUUAGAAUCAUUCAGUUAGUUUGCAGAUACUCAGGUGCUCGGGUGCCUUUCUUUAAAAGUUUCAUGUUUGAAGCUUUCACUGCUCAUCUCUUCAUCUGGAGAAGCUCUUUUUUCAGUUGUGUAAGGAUGUUAAUUAUCCUAAAUAUUCUAUGUCAAAGUAAACACAAGCUGAACCAUCUUCACCCUAAAAUAACGCUGCAUUAAAACAUUUUGACUUUUGGUCAAUGGAUUUAUCUGCUCAGCUUCACGUUUCCAAAUCUAAGAGGGAUGUCGGGUUAAGUGUUGACGGUGCAGCAAAGCGAGCGUCCGUAGCUUGAUGUGCAAGCUGAUCUGUGAUCUUUCCACACAUCAGCAGUGGGACAUUAUUUGCUACAAUACAGGGACAUGAACAUUUUUAAUUUCAGUCUGUUACUUUUUGUCAAAUAAUUCAGAACAUUGUGAAAAGAUGAGCUACUGUAAGAACUCUGUCUUCUAAGUAUCCAUAUUAAUUAAAGUAACAGUUCAGAUUACUCUUCGGUAAUAUAAGAUAAUAAGAUGUGAGAAGUAUGCGACAGAAGACGGACUCAAAUUUAAAAUGUCGAUACCUGUCUUGGUACAAGUGAAAAGGCUGCAGUGCACUUUUUUGUUGUAGUGAACUGUUACAUUGAGGUUGGCGGGUGAAGAAUAGAAACGCUCCAUGGAAACAUUUUAUGUCGGAUGUGUGCGUCAUUGUAAUAAAAAUACUGUAAAGUU